GGCCUUGCGCCGGCGAGAUGCGCGCGGAGGUAGAGCUCGAUGUUUUGCUCCAAGAGGCCACUCGGCGGAGACUGGCGAAGUUUGACGAGCUGAGAGGUAAAGUCACACAAACUGGAGAAUUCUGGGAUGUUGUUGUAAUUACAGCAGCUGACAAAAAACAGGAAUUGGCUUAUCAGCAACAGCUAUCAGAAAAGUUGAAAAGAAAGGAACUCCCUCUUGGAGUUAAUUACCAUGUUUUUGUGGAUCCUCCUGGACCAAAAAUUGGAAAUGGUGGAUCAACUCUUCAUGUCCUUCAGUGCUUGGAAGAGAUGUAUGGUGAUAAAUGGACUUCUCUUACUAUCAUAUUAAUUCAUUCUGGUGGUUAUAGUCAACGUUUACCACAUGCAAGUGCACUGGGAAAAAUUUUCACAGCUUUGCCUUUUGGUGACCCUAUUUACCAGAUGUUGGAGUUGAAGUUGGCAAUGUACAUUGAUUUUCCUACCCAUAUGAAUCCAGGAAUUCUCAUUACUUGUGCAGAUGAUAUUGAACUUUAUAGUAUUGGAGCAACAGAAGUCAUCAAGUUUGAUAAAUCUGGAUUCACUGCAUUAGCUCACCCUUCAGAUUUGACUAUUGGUACCACUCAUGGAGUAUUUGUGUUAGAUUCAUCUGCUUUGUCAGAAAAAGAGCUUGAAUACAGAUCUUGUCAUCAUUUCCUACAUAAACCUAAUAUUGAAAAGAUGCAUCAGUCUGGUGCAGUAUGCAUAAGGAGGAAUUGCUCUCAACCAAACUCCUCUGGAGAACACUAUGACUUAAAAAUGGACUACGAGUAUGUGUAUACAGACAGCUUAUUUUACAUUGAUCAUAGCAUUGCAAAACAAUUACUAACAUUUUUUAAGCAGCUGGAUACUCUUUGCUGUGAAAUAGAUGCAUAUGGUGAUUUUCUCCAGGCUCUGGGACCUGGAGCAACUCAUGAUUACACAAAAAUCACAGAUAAUGUCACAAAAGAAGGAUCACAGUUAGGAGAAAUAAGGCAGAAGCUAUUUUCUCUUCUUAAAGGAACAUCACUUAAUGUUAUAGUCUUAAAUAACUCCAGGUUCUAUCAUAUUGGGACUACACAAGAGUAUUUGUUUCAUUUUACUUCUGAUAGUAAAUUGAAAUUGGAGCUUGGCUUACUAUCUAAAGCUUUUAGCAUCUUUCCAGAUAAAGCAGAAAACUCAGAUAUAUCGGCAUGUAUCAUUCAAAGCAUACUGGAUUCAAGAUGUGUUGUAGCACCUGCCUCUGUUAUUGAAUACUCUAGGCUGGGACCUGAGGUUUCAGUAGGGGCAAACAGCAUUGUCAGUGGUUGUUGCAUAAGUGCUAACGUAGAUGUACCACCAAACUCUUUUGUGAGUUCAUUGAGCAUCAGGGUUAAUGGAAAAGUAAUGUAUGUGAGUAUGGUGCUUGGUGUAGAAGACAACUUGAAAAAGAAUGUGAAAUUGUUGUCAGACAUACAUUCCCUUCAGUUUUUUGGAAUCAGUUUACUGCAGUGCUUGGACCUCUGGGACCUGAGAGUUUCAGACCAACUCUUCUCUGGUGACAAGACAAGUUUGGGUUUGUGGACUGCUCGGAUUUUCCCUGUUUGUUCUACUUUAAGUGAUUCAGUUAGAGUGUCAUUAAAGAUGUUAAAUGCUGUGCAAAACAAGUCAGCUUUUAAACUGAAUGGCUGGAAGCUCCUGUCCAUUGAAGAAAUGCUCUUCUACAAAGAUGUAGAAGACAUGUUGAAGUUCAGGCAGCAAAUUUACGAAGAAAUCACUCUACAAAGAAACAAAGAGAAAUCUGAUUUGUAAAUGUACAGUAUUUUUACCCUUUUGUCUUUCUUUAAUAUGAAGAUGAUUGAUUGAUUGUUUUCAAGCUUGUAAAACCCAGAAGCAAAAAGUAUACAUCUUUUCUGAUUUCAUUGAAGUAGAAAUAAUGAAAUUGCAUUAGUAGUGUUAUUGUAGCAUAACAUUAAUAAUGCAAAAAACACAGAUAAACUAUUCUUUUGAUGAAAGAAUUAAUGAAAUAUUUCAAAUCUAUGAAAAAAACUAAGAGGUGAAUUUUCUUGGGGUAUCCAUUAUGUGGUGGAGUUUUUUUUAGUUUUUGUUAAUAAGAAUAUGGAAUGAACAUUAAUUAAGAGUUUGAUUGUACUUUGAAGAAGUUUUAAGUAGUUUUCAAUGUUGGCUCUUGCAACAUAGUGUGGCAUAGCAAUGAGUUACAUUUCCCUCUUUUCAUGGUAUCCUUUUAAAAUGGGUAUUUUAAGAGGCUAAGGUAAUUUUUCAUUAUGUUAAGCAAAACAAGAUUUUUUUAUAUUUGUUUAAACUUUAGCUCAUCAUCAUUUUUACAAGCAAUGGGAAAUUUUGUGUAUGUGUGCUAUAUAUAUCUUCUUGCAGAAUACCGAAUAAUUUGUGGAAAGAAUUUAUCUAAAAAGCUGUGAUCUGAAAUAUUGUAUCAUAAGUAAAU